AUGUCAAAUAAAAUAGUAUAUUCAAAACAAGGUUGUUUGAAUUGCAAAAAAAAACAUGUUAAAUGUGAUGAAAAAAAACCUAAAUGUAGUAGAUGUCUAUCUAGAAACAUAAAACAUUGUAAAUAUAAAGAUGAAUUUAUAAUCCAAAAGAUGAACAUGCCAAAAACAACUGCCUCUCAUCCAAUCAGUCUGAAUGGUAGUACUAGUAUAAAUUCUUUCCCCACAUCAAAUUCCUUCUCUCAUUCCCAUCAGCAUUCAACCAAUAACAAUGGUAGCGGCAGCAAUAUUAGUAAGACAUUUUUUAUUAAUAAUCAAUACCAAGAUAUGAAUAAGAAAAAUUAUAGUUUGCCAUUGACUAGUUUUAAAAUUGAAGAUUAUUCUUUAGAAUAUGAUAAAAGAAUAAAAGUAAGAAGAACGCAUUCAAGCCCCAAUACCACCGUUCAUUACAAAGGUUUACGUAAUACAACUACACGGAAGAAUUCUUCUGCAAGUAUCACCGCAACUACAGGCAGUGCAUAUCCUAAAAGUUUUCUAUCUACUGAUACUAAUUCUCCUAUUAAUAUCAAUAACUCGAAUACUACAAUUUCUACUCACAAUGUAACUGGCGACUCUCAUAAUACUAGUAUUUUUCAAUCGAACGAGAAUAUCAAUGCUAUUCCAAAUUUGAAUAAAAAAACGAAGCCGGAAAUUUCUUUAAUCACCGGAACAAGUCAAUAUCACGAUUUCUCAAUUAGGAAAUCGAAUACGAAAACGUCGGAAAAACGUAAAAAAAAUAAUAAUAAUAAUAAUAAUAAUAAUAAUAAUAAUAAUAAUAAUAAUAAUAAUAAUAAUAAUAAUAAUAAUAAUAAUAAUAAUAAUAAAAUAAGUAACAUUAAUAAUAAUAGCAAAACCUCUAUAAUUCAAGUAUCUUCCACUGCAAUAAUAAUACCGACAAUCAAUUAUAGUUUAUUUUUCAAAGGAAACGACCUUCAUUUCUUAAAGAUUUUAAAUUUCGAAACGGCUAGUGACUGGAAAUCUAAUCCACUACACCCCAACUAUAAUCGCAAUAACAAUAUUGAUAAUAGUGAUACUGAGUAUGGAAAUGGGUUAAAAACAAAUAAUAUAAGUCAAUUAAAGCCAAUUGAUAUUGAGCAAUUGGUAACUGAGCUAAUUACUCAUCCAAAGCGAGCGGUUGAUUUAGUGAAACAGGAAAUUAGGGGGGAUUUAAUUAAAAAUCAAGAAGUUGCCAAAGUGAAUUUAUUUUGCAAUAAGAUUAUCAUGGUCAAACUGAUUGAAUUGCAGCUUUCCAAAGAUGUCAUUAUCAACAUAUUGCAGCAGCUAAGCAAACAUCUAAUAAAUUAUAUUGGUUCCAAUAUAUUGAAGAGUUUAAAUUCCAAUGAUCAAGUAGUAAUUGAUUGCUUAAACGAUUGGGACAGAUAUAUUCGAUUGCCCAAACUUAAUAUGAUUUUUCAAUGUCUUGAUAAGUUGACCAAGACAAAUCAAUUUAAAAAAAUAUCAAUCAUCCUGGCAACAAUUAACAUCUUGUUAAACACCCAGUUUACUAGAGAAGUAUAUUUAAGGCAAAUUAAAGAAAUACAAAAUAUUUUUGUCUGCAUGAAACUAAACGGGUUUGAAUUUCCUGAUCAACAAAUUCUUGAUUUAAUUCAGAAUUCGAUCUUUAAUAACAACACUGAUUUCAAUAUACGACAUAUCGAAGAAAUAACUACUUCCACCACCAUGCCACCUAAUAUUGCCUCUAAUUCAAUUUUCUCUACCAACUCCAUUACAAACUCUGUGGUCUCUUCUAAAUCGCCUUCUACUUCUUCAUUUUCACGCGAGACAGACAACAACCGUAAUACUGCCCUGAAUAAUAACGUUAAGAUGACCUCUGGUAAUACCGGGGCUAACCAAAUCUUGAACUAA